GUGAAUUGAGCUGCCGUGGAUAUCAUGAGUGCGCAGGUGCAUCCAUGAAAAGGAGACCGUGCCCUUGGGUUUUGACUGAGCAAGGAGCAUCUGAAUGAAGCGCCCCCGGCUGCCAGGCCGAGAAAAGGCGCAUCCUCCUCCUUUUAUAUUUCAGUCACGUAGCUUUGCUCAGAUUUGAGGUGAAGCAUGAGGAAUGUUUUUUCUGUUGCAGCUCGCAUCAAUGAUUUAAAGAAUAAAAUGUACCUGUCAUCGAUUCCUUAACUUCAUAUAAUUCAACAUUUCGGGAUUUAUUCCGGACAAAUAUCCUUUUGUGCGGAUUUUUCGGGGGAUAAACGGCAUUGCUUGAUUCCGACCGAGCGACUGCACCUCUUCAAGACGAGUGGGCUAGCGUUAUAUGCAAUAGAAAUAAGAAUUUUUUUAAUGACAUUUUGUGUUUUCUGAACCGUGUGUUUACGAAAUAUACAUAGGCCUUCAUACAGAAUUUAUUUUAGUGGCUACUGUGGCGGUACAUUGCGAUGCUUAUCAACCAACACCAGUGAUGCCAUGGUGUGAGAGCACAGAAAUACAAUGGUGAUGGACAAUGUCCCGUUCAGCGGUUUCAAGACCCUUACACUCCUGAUCCUGAAUGCAGCGGAGAGAGACACCUAACCGGGUGUCACCUUCAGCCCUGGAUGCUGCGCCGAAGAAUGGCAUACUCCAACCCGUCGUCGGGUAAAGAUAUACUCGGCAAUAGAUCGCUUUGUUUCAUAUUUAUUUGCGCAUUUGGACUCGUCACACUGUUGCAGCAGAUUCUCUAUGGAAAAAACUACAUUAAGAGGUAAGUGCUGAUUGGCCUAUCUCAUUUUGGUCGUCAUUAGUAGCCUAAUAGGUAAUGAGGGCGCAGGAUUUGCUGUUUGUAAGCCAGCUGUACAGGCAGUAAUAACAUAAUAUUCAGUCUUUAGAAGCAUGCUUUCAUAGCCGUUUUGUGUUAGGCGUAUUGCUCGACUUUUAAUGACUGAAUGGUGAAAGAUAAACAAUGAAUGAUAACAAAUUGGGCAGUAGAUUAACUGUCGGGAUGCAUGGGGAAAUAAGCUUUAAUGGCUGAAAAGAACAAUAGCAAUUACCCAUCCAUCUUUUUUUCCCAGUGGCAUAUAGAAAAAGUUUCCAUUGGAUUUAUUUUUUUGAUAUUUUCUGAAACUGAAGCAUCAUAUUCAUGCCAUACACAGUGCUCCAGCUGUGUAUGGUUUUCCCUUUCUUUUUCCAAAGAUCUUUAUUUGAUUUUUCUUUUCCAGCCUUCUUGACUGGUCCAAGCCUACAUCUUACAGAGGCAUCAGAUUAUCAUAAUGUGACUGAAAACUGUUGGAGCUGAUGAUGAUUACAGAUAGCAACAUGAUAAAGAUGAUGUGUAUUUAUUAUUGCUCCUCCCUUUUUAAAUAAAUCAUUUUUCCCAGGCUGCACACAUAGCCACUGCUGAGCCAUAUUUUGUACCUCUGCAACACUAACAGUUUUUGAUUUUCUGAUACAGAUUGUUGAACCGAAACCUGGUUGGUAGUCUACGUUUGCACUUAGAGACCCAGUUAUCUAUUAAAACUGUAGGCCCAUUUCCUUUACAUCCAGAGAAACAGUUCAGUGUGAGACGAGCAGAUGCUGAGAAGCUGGGAUUUUUGAUUUUAAGUGGUUUUAAAGAAUCUCAUGAACACCAGAAUCUCACUUCAAACAAAAGAAACAUCUGAAAAGUGUAUCCCCACCCCCAGAUAUCUUACAGACAGCACAUAUAUGCUUACCUCAAAGCAAACAUACAUGUGCUACAAUCUGAAAGCUCCCCACAGCUAACUCCUCUCCCUGCCACCCCGGCUGGGUACUCAAUGUGAAUUCAUGGCAUCCUGACCUCUGCUGUGAGAUGCAUGAAUUCAGACCCAACACACACACAUGCAUCUUUCCUCGCCUGUGCCCUUACUUUGCUCCUAGGGCUCAGCCUAGGAGAGACGGGGAACAAGCCACUCAACAGAAACCAGUGGGCUGAGCGGACGCCAUUUUGUGCGCAACAGUUUAGCCGACUCAAAGGGGACGAGACAGGAAAUUGGACCGGUCCUGUUAAUUUCUCGGAUGACGGAGCUCUGAAGCCUGCCAGAAAUGGAAGGAAAAGAUGUUUCCGUCAGAAUAUUCAGCCAGAUUCACAGAUCUCCGUAAUAGUCACACCCUGCCUAGCCGAUAUUAAGAAGACAAAAAAACGCUCUCAAAGGUAUCUGGAAAACUAUGAUGGCUCCUUUGAAUACAACUCCACUGCAUGCAGGGAGCUCAGACAGGAGAUUAUGGAUGUCAAAGUCCUGACAAUGGUGAAAACCUCAGAGCUGUUUGAAAGAUGGCGAAACCUGCAGGUGUGUAGGUGGGAGCAGAACAAGGAGGAGACCAGCAACUUCAAGAUGUCUCUGUCUCGCUGCUGUAAUGCUCCUUCCUUUCUGUUCACCACCAAGAGGAACACUCCUGCAGGGACCAAGCUGAGGUAUGAGGUGGACACCAGUGGUAUCCUCCCCAUCACCAUUGAGGUCUUCAAGAUGUUCCCAGAUGACAUGCCGUAUUCCAAAUCACAGUACAAGAAAUGUGCUGUUAUAGGAAAUGGCGGUAUCAUCAAGAACAGCAAAUGUGGAAAGGAAAUUGACUCAGCAGAUUUUGUGUUUAGGUGCAACAUCCCACCCAUUAACCAGAAGUACUCUGCUGAUGUCGGUACUAAAACAGAUCUGGUGACAAUAAAUCCAAGUAUUAUUACUGAGAGAUUUCAGAAGCUGGAGAAGUGGCGGCGACCAUUUUACGAAGUCCUCCAGAAUUACGAGAACUCCUCAGUAGUGCUUCCUGCCUUCUACAACACCCGCAACACUGAUGUCUCUUUCAGAGUCAAGUACAUGCUGGAUGACUUCGACUCCCAGAGAGGUGUGUUCUUCUUCCACCCACAGUACCUGCUCAACGUACAGCGCUUCUGGGCGGUGCAGGGUGUUCGGGCCAAACGGCUCAGCAGCGGCCUAAUGCUCGUGACUGCUGCCUUAGAGAUGUGUGAGGAGGUCCACCUCUACGGCUUCUGGGCAUUUCCCAUGAACCCCUCGGGCAUCUUCAUCACUCACCAUUAUUAUGACAACGUCAAACCACGGCCGGGCUUCCACGCAAUGCCCCAUGAAAUUUUCAACUUCAUUCACAUGCAUACUCGGGGGAUCAUCAAUGUACAUACGGGGCAGUGCACGUGAUCCCCCAUUCUUGUGCUUUAAUGUGUGUUUAUUUUAAAGC